UGGCAACAAAGAGGAAGACAGAAGAGUUUCGCGUGCUUUCAUCUCUAUUUUAGGUAAUCUGAGGCGAGACAAGAACAUGGCUGAUCGUGAAGAUGAUGUGAUGGAGUCGAGCAAUUCCCCAGCAACAUCAAAUUUCAGUAACCCAGGAACACCAGUUGUUGCCAGUAACCCAGGCACCCCCCGGUCAGACCUGGCUGACGUGAGAGCUACCCCACCCCCUCAAGCUCUCCAGAGGAGCAUCAUACCGCCACAGCCCCAGAGCAAAUACACACAGCUAUUGGCCGUGAUUGAGGAUAUGGGUAGAGACAUUCGUCCCACAUAUUCAGGGAGUAAAUCAUCAGCAGAGCGCCUUAAGAGAGGGAUCGUUCAUGCCAGGAUACUUGUUCGUGAAUGUUUACUGGAGUGUGAACGAAGUGCAAGGACAUGAAAGUCAUUGAUUAGGAUAACAGUAUCUGAACACCCAUGUCAUUGACAUUUGUAGUGGAUAAAAUACUCUGUCAAGAAUCAAGAAGGAUUCAGGUGAAUCCUGUACAUGAAAAGAAAUUUAAUGAAUAGACACCGUAGUAGCAAGUUUUUCCUUUGAGAUCAUCAUUUUAUCAUGCUAUAAUGCAUUGUUUUUUGUAUGGUAAAAAUGGAAAAAAACUUUGAUAGCCACCAUUAAUUACCAAACAUGGAAUCAAAAUGUCAUUGACACUGCCAUGUACAAUUAUAUACAGUAUCAUUUGUGGGCUGCUGCCUGUGUGUUAGGACCGUAAACAUUUUACAUUAUAAGCUAUGAUAAAGACAUGUUUUCCUCAUUGUUACUUAUAACUUAUUUAAUACAUGGUUUGUACACAUUAGUCUGUGCUGUCAUUGUGAUGUGUUUUUUGAAAACAUUUACAUGUUUUAACUAUUUUACAUAAAGAUAUGCAUCAAAUUGGACGUUUUGGUAUUGUUUUGAGGUGGUAAUUUUUUUUUAUGAGAAAAUUUGCCACAAGAUAACAAGUGUUCACAGUAAAGGGGGAAUCAUUGAUAGAAUUUAUAAAUAGAUUAAAGCACAGCAUAGCUGGGAAGAGCUGAAAACAGUGUUCAGAAAUAAUUACUUGUAUGGUAACUUUAAAAAGUAAAAAUGCAUAUUUCUGCGUUUCAUCUGGAAGAAAAAAGGAGACCAAAUUUUCUGAGUCAUAUUUUAUUUAAAUAUAUACACAUAGUGAGUUCUGGUCAAUGUUUAGUGACCAGAGAGCCAUGGUUGCCUAGAAGUAUUUGAUCCUACAUGUAUAAAUAAAGUAUAACAAAUUGCAAAUGUAAGAUAUUGUUUGUCAUGUUCUUAUGUUUUUAUCAAUAUUGAAUGACUAGUCUCACAUGUAACAUGCAUGCAAUUGAGAACAACCUGUUUACCUCUAGAAGCAAGGAACAAAUGAAACAGUUGGCAUGUGUACAAAUCCUGCGUUUGUGGUAGUUGGCCCACACCUUGUCUGUUAUUGUCUGAAAGCUGUUUUGAGGUAUGUUCAGUACUUAAAAGGUAGCAUAAGAUCCUACUUUCAUUACCAAAAGUAAUAUUUCAAAAACUUUUAUUUGCCUCUAAAAAAUACCAGGCCAAAUACAGUAAUGGCAUGGUUUUGUUUGCUUCAUGGAUACCCUAUUUUUGCUUUUCUACAAAAUAGAGGGUAAAAUAAAUAUUUUUUAUAACAUACAAUUUCGUAUGUGACUAACAUCAUAGACUUUUCAGGUAUGUGGUGUAGUCCAGGCACGCCUGUCACUACAGUUUCCUCCAUCCAUAAAGUCUGACUAGCACAAUAUAUUAAUGUGGAAAAUUAUUGAUCAGUCAAUCAUAUUUUUCAAUGGACAUUAUGUACUUCAACAUUAUGAUCCCCUGUGAAGUUGUGGUGAAUUCUAAACAACUUUGUCUUUGGUACAUGUACUUACAAUGUAGCAAAGUGUGAUCAGGUGGAUUGUCUGGUUAUUACAAUGUAGCACAUGGUGAUCAGGUGGAUUGUCCGGUAUUUACAAUGUAGCAAUGUGUGAUCAGGUGGAUUGUCUGGUAUUUACAAUGUAGCAAAGAGUGAUCAGGUGGAUUGUCUGGUAUUUACAAUGUAGCAAAGGUUGAUCAGGUGGAUUGUCUGGUAUUUACAAUGUAGCAAAGAGUGAUCAGGUGGAUUGUCUGGUACCUACAAUGCAGAAAAGUGUGAUCAGGGCAUUGUGUUGUAUUUACAAUGUAGCAAAGGGUGAUCAGGUGGAUUGUCUGGUAUUUAAAAGGUAGCAAAGGGUGAUCAGGUGGAUUGUCUGGUAUUUACAAUGUAGCAAAGGGUGAUCAGCUGGAUUGUCUGGUACUUACAAUGUAGAAAAGUGUGAUCAGGGCAUUGUGUUGUAUUUACAAUGUAGCAAAAUAUGGUCAGGUUGUGUCUCUGAUACAUUAUAUACAAUGUACAAUAUAACAAAGUGGGAGGGGUUUCUUCCUGGCUUUGACUGGUUUCCUUUUAUCAUUAUUACACUUGGCUGUAGUCAGAAAAGUGAAACACUCACCUACUUUUCUGGGGUAUGAAAGGCAAUUAAAUAAUCAAUCCUGUCUCAGUUGCUUUACGUGUGGCUCAGACUGUACACACUGGGUGCCAGUAAGUUUCACCCAAUUCUCGUCUUCAUUAAGCUUAAAGAGGAAUUCUCUUAAUGGUCACUAAUUCCACCAGUUUUCCUUUUAAACAUACUUUCCAUACUUGACCCUUUUUAGUUUAUAGGUUGAGAAAACAUAAAAAUGACAUAAAGUUUAGAUGAAAGAGUGUGAAAAGUUAUUCCUAAAUGUGGUCUUGAA